CUCCAUCCCUACAAAAAAUAAAUUAGCCAAAUGUGGUGGCAUGUACCUAUAGUCCUAGCUAAGGGGAGCUAAGGCAAGAGGAUCACUGGAGCCUAGGAGUUUUGGCAUACAGUGAAUUAUGAUCACACCACAGUGCACACCAGCCUGGGUGACACAGACCAACCCUGUCUUUAGUUAGCCAGGUGUGGUGGUGUGCACCGGUAGUCCUAGCUACUCAGGAGGCUGAUGUGGAAGGACAGCCUAAGCCCAGGAGGCAACGGUUGUGCCACUGUACUCCAGGCUGGGUGACAAGAGUCAGACCUUGCCUCAAAAAAAUUAAGCAAUAAAUAAAAGCCAUCCGGGUGCUGCGCUCCUCUAAUUGGGACUCCAAGCCGGGGCUAUUUCUGGCGCUGGUGCGGCUCCAAGAAGGCCAUCCCAGACAUCACUCUUCCACCUGCUCCUUAGAGAAGGGAAGAUGAGCAAAUCGAGCUCAAAGUCCAGCCAGCCCUUGGCCUCCAAGCAGGAAAAGGACGGCACUGAGAAGUGGGGCCAGGGCAGGCCACGCAAGCAGCCUCUGAAGGAGCCCAGUGAAGUGCCAACACCUAAGAGACCUCGGGGCCGACCAAAGGGAAGCAAAAACAAGGGCGCUGCCAAGACCCAGAAAACCACAACUCCAGGAAGGAAACCAAGGGGCAGACCCAAAAAACUGGAGGAGGAAGAGGAGGGCAUCUCACAGGAGUCCUCGGAAGAGGAGCAGUGACUGUGCCUGCCGCCUGCUCCUCACUGGAGGAGCAGCUUUCUUCUGGGACUGGAUAGCUUUGCUCCGCUCCCACCGCCCCCGCCCCUUCACCAGGCCCACCAUCACCACCACCUCCGGCCGCCACCCCCAUCUUCCACCUGUGCCCUCACCACCACACUACACAGCACACCAGCCGCUGCAGGGCCCCCAUGGGCUGAGUGGGGAGCAGUUUUCCCCUGGCCUCAGUUCCCAGCUCCCCCGCCCACCCAUGCAUACUCACAUGCCCACCUGGACAAGGCUAACAUCUCACUUAGCCGCACCCUGCACCUGCUGUAUCCCCACUCUCUUGGUGAUGGGGACAUUGCUCUCUGGGCUUUUGGUUUGGGGGUGCCCUCUCUGCUCCUCUACUGUUUCCUCUGGCUUCCCAUAGUGGGGCCUGGGAGGGUUCCCUUGGCCUUAAAAGGGGCCCAAGCCCAUCUCAUCCUGGCACGCCCUACUCUACUGCCCUGGCAGCAGCAGGUGUGGCCAAUGGAGGGGGGUGCUGGCCCCCAAAGUUUCCCCAGCCAAACUGUCUUUGUCACCACAUAGAGCUCUCACCUUUCAUCCUUCCCCACCUUCCCUAGUCCCUACACUAGGUCGGAUAGCCCCCUUUGGCUAGAAGAAGGCAGGAGGGGUAUGAGUCCCCUACACCCUUUUCACUGUGGUCCCAGUCCCCUGGCCCUCUGCCUGGGAUCUGAGUAUAUACUGUGGUGACGGAGAUGCAGUCAUUUAUUGUCCAGGUGAGGCCCAUGAGCACUGUGGCUACCACCUGAGAUGGGCUGGAGCUGCUCCCCCUACCCCACUUUGCUUCUGCCACUAGGCCAUUUCUCCCUCCUCAGAUGGGGCACCAAUAACAAGGAGCUCACCCUGCCCAUUCCCAACCCUCCUGCUCCUCCCUGUCCCCCAAGGUUCUGGUUCCAUUUUUCCUCUGUUCACAAACUACCUCUGGACAGUUGUUUUUUGUUCAAUGUUCCAUUCUUUGACAUCCACCAUUGCUGCUGCUAUCAGCACCAAAUGUUCAUCCUCAAUGCCUCCUGUUCUGCCCACAAUACCCUACCCCAAGAUACUCUUCAUGGGGAAGAGGGGCUGGGGCAUGGCAGGCUGGGUGACCGACUACCCCAGUCCCAGGGAAGGUGGGGGCCUGCCCCUUGGAUGCUGCAGGAAG